AAUUUUGUUUUCAUUUUUGGUGUUCAAAAAACUCGGCUCGGCAGUUGAUGGCCAACAAAACCGUGGAAAGCGUGAAAAGUAAACGAUUUCGUAUGCAUCGACGUGCGCCAGAAUUUCUAGUGUGAUUAGUUUAUGUGAACAGCCGAAAUGGGUGAUAAACAUGUACCGACGUUAGACAUCGAGAUAAAGCUAGAUGUUAACACCGAAGAAUCCAGCUCGAAAGCGUUGCAAACAAUCAUACAGGUGCUGUUGUUCCAGCGGAGCCAAAUCCCAUUUUGCUACGAAGUGUUCCAAACCAUAGUGAAAAAAUUGAAGAAAGAAUUGGCCGAAAUUGAUUCAUCCAAAUGGAAAAACUAUCAAUUAACAAAACAGCGCGAAAUUGCCUUCAAUUUGCUGUGUGAUAUACAAACCCUUUUCAGAGAAGUAACGGAAAUUGCAAAACGUAGUGAUCACGAUAUUCGCGCCAUGGUCUUGUUCGGAUCGACUCUCUACACGGCAAAGGAAGCAUUCAUCAUCAAAAUUCCCAAGGCGAACCGGAAACACUAUCCCCAGCAUCACCGCCAGCGAUUGGAAUCCGCCUUGAAACUCCUAACGAGGCAACUGAUACUGUCGGAAGAACUACGUCCUUCGGGGCGUUUCGUGGGGCCCACCAACACAUUCAUGCUGCUGGGAAUGUCUUCCACGUGUGACCCAGAGAAAAUCUCGCGGACCGUCGAGUACAGAUCAAUAAAUGGCUACCAGUUGCCGAUUAGCUGCCAGAAGUAUGUGAUUAACAUAACCAUCCAGGGGGCCAGUGAGGAUGAAUUGGCCUGCUGUAGGCAAAUGGAUGUGUUCAGCGAUGCACUGCAAGUGCUAACGAUCGACGAUGACGCUAAGGAAGUCCCUACGAAACCCCUUGGUCGUCGCAACGAAUUGGUCAAAAACGAUAUUAUGUGGUACCAAGUGGGAAGGAGUUUGAAAGGAUUUAAUGAUGUGCUCAUUAAAGGGAAAUCUAUCUGGGAUGGAGAGUUGUGAAGUGUUGCGUCCGUAGGGCGCUAAUGAACUGACAGUGUUGUUGAGGGCGGCAACAAAAAAUAGAAUCUAAAAAUGCGCUUUAAGAAAAUAAAUUCAAAUUAUGCUUCUAAUGUAA